CGCCCCGCUUCCUCUCGCUCACAGCCCCCCCCCUCCGCUCUAAUCGACAUGGCUCCGGCUUGGUGCAAGCUCGCGGCUGCCUUGAUGGCAGCGACCUCGUUCGUCUCGGCCACGACGGGAUUCCAACACUUUGUCACCCGCUCGAACGGCAGCCUCUAUGAUGGCAGCAGCAAGUUCAAGUUUGUGUCCUUCAACAUCCCCGACAUGCUGCAGCUCGAGACCAGACUCCCCGGCACCCUCGUUGCUCCCAACGACUUUGAGAUCCACGAUGCGCUGCAGAGCAUUGCGCUGAUGAACGGCAAGGUUGCCAGAACGUAUACCUUCAGCGUCUGCUGCAACAACCCAUCGGACGACCCCUCGACCUAUCACAUCUCGGCCAACGGCGUCUACAGCCACGCAAUGUUCAACGCAACCGACCGUCUGCUCUACUGGGCCAACAAACUGCAGGUCCGCCUGAUCAUCCCCAUGAUCAACAACUGGGAGUACCACGGCGGUGUCCAGGCCUUUGCCAAGCUGGUGCUUGGUGCCCAGGCUGCCAACUUUGACUACUACGACGCCUUCUUCAACAACGAGACGGUCAUCAAGGCCUACCUGAACUUUGUCAAGUACGUUCUGAACCGCACCAACCCUUAUACCGGUGUUCAAUACAAGAACGACAAGGCCAUCUUGGCAUGGGAGAUCGGAAACGAGCUUGGAGGAUGGACCUGGGACAACAUGACGGUCCCGCCCGCGUGGAUCGAGCGAGUCGCCACCUUCAUCAAGCAAAACGACCCCAAGCAUCUCGUCAAGGAGCCCCAUAUUAUCCACAAUACCCGCUGGGCCGAGUUCCAGGCCAAUGGCUUGCUCACCUACAAGGAUAUCGAUCUGUACGGACGCCACUACUACUGGGGCUCUUCGACUGGCAGCGGCAUGAAGUCCGAUCUCAUCUUUGACUCGAGCAGCCUCAAGGCCGCCGCCCCCACCAAGGUCUUUGUGGCUACCGAGUUUGGAUUCGUCAACUCAACCGAGUACACCAAUUUCCUCAACGAAAUCGUGGCGAGCCCCAAUGUCACUGGAGCCCUGGCCUGGAGUCUGCGCUACCGGUCCCGAAACGGAGGUUUCUACACCCACAGCGAGGGAAACGGAUACUUUUCGUACCACUUCCCGGGCUUCCCCUAUCCCACCAACCAAACCGACGUCGUCAAUUGGAGCCCCGACACCUAUGAGCCCGACUUUGUCAAGACCAUGAUCCAGAGUGCCGCCAAGGCCGCAGGAACGUCUGUCGCGAGCUACACGAUCACCGUGGCUCCUCAGGUCUUCACAAACUCCACCAAGGGCACGGGUCAAAUUGCGCUCUCCUGGACAGGCAGCGCCGGUGCCGCUUCUUAUAACGUCAUUCGAAACGGAGUAUCCAUUGCCAAGAGCGUCUCGGACGGUGUUCCCGCCACCACGGACGGCAGCUGGAAGGUCCUGUAUGCUGACAAGAAUGUCAAGUGCGGCCAGGCGUACAAGUACGCAGUUACCCCCUGCAACUCCGUCAGCACCUGCGGCCCGAUCUCCACCACAGUCUCCGCGACCCUCCCCUGUUGAGCAGCUGCAGUUGCCAUGCGCUUUCCCGCCUCGUCGCCCCGAUAGGCGAGGGCGGUCCUUGAUAAACUUUUCACCCCACGCCCUGAUUACAGUGCUACCCAAAUAUCAAGAGCCUCAAUUUAUGCCGACCACAAAAAUGCAAACUAUCGGCUACCCAAUUGCUUACGAAUACAAAACAGCCUUUCCUCAAUACAGAUCCUUCGAACGUAAAUGACAGCC